AUGUUCGACUCGGAAUGUCCAUUAGCGCUCUUUGUUUAUUUUCAUUUUCUCUUUUCUGUCGUUCUUUCUUUCUUUCUUUCUUUCUUUCUUUCUUUCUUUCUUAAUUCCUUUCUUCUUUUCUUGCUUUCUUUCGUUUUGUUACUUCAUUUUCAUUUUCUUUUUUCCUUUGUAACUUUCUUUCUUAUUUUCUUUCUUAUUUUCUUUCUUUCUUUCUUUCUUUUCCAUAACGACCCUCUUUUCAGCUUCUUUCUUUUCAGCUUUCUCAAGUCCUUCAUCUCUCAUCCGCCAUAUUUCUGUUUACUUUUUCUUGCCAGUGUGUCCCUUGACAACACACCAUCUGUUUCUCCAUUUGUUAAGCUUUUUCUUAUAUUGCCUUACGUAAUCUUUUUUUUUGUGUAUUUUCCGACAUUUUUCUCUAUUGCAAUUUCGAUAAAUUUCUCUUUCUUUCUUUAUCUUUCUUUCUCUUCUUUCUUUCCUUCUUUCUUUCUUUCUAUCUUUCUUUCUUUUUUUCACGGCUUUUUACCUUUCAUUCAUUCUUUCUUUCUUUCUUUUUUCUCUAACUCUUCUUUCUUUUUUACUUUCAUUCUUUCUUUCUUUCUUCACGUCUUUUUCACUUGUUUCUUUGCUCUAUUUCUUUUUUCUUAUUUCUUUCUUUAUCAUACUUUCAAUCUAGAAUCUUUCUUUCUUUCUUUACGUCGUUUCCUCCUAUCACUUUCCUCCAGUUCUUUUUUCUUUCUUUCUCGUACUCUCCAUCUUGAAUCUUCUUUCAACAACUUUUUUCUUUCUUUCUUUCUUUCUUUCUUUCUUUCUUUUUUCUUUCAACAACUUUCUUUCUUUCUUUCUUUCUUUCUUUUUUCCUUUCUGCCUUUCUUUCUGCCUUUCUUUUCUUUCUGGCAACAUCGUUUCCUCUAUCACUUUCCUCCAAUUCUUUUCUUUUUUCUCGUACUCUCCAUCUUGAAUCUUACUUUUUCUUUCUUUCUUUCUUUCUUUCUUUUUUCUUCCUUUCUUUUAUGCCUUUCUUUCUUUUCUUUCUUUCUUUCUUUCUUCCUUUCUUUCUUUCUUUCUUUCUUUUUCUUUCUUUCUUUCUUUUUUUCCUUUCAUUUUCCUCCAGUUCUUUUUUCUUUCUUUCUUUCUUUCUUUUCUUCCAUUUCUUUCUUUCUUUCUUUUCUUUCUUUUUGCCUUUCUUUCUUUCUUUCUUUCUUUCUUUCUUUUUUCUUUCUUUCUGCCUUUUUUUUUCUUUCAUUUCUUUCUUUCUUUCUUUCUUUUCUUUUUUCCUCUGUCUUUUUCCUCCAUUCUUUUUUCUUUCUUUCUCGUACUCUCCAUCUUGAAUCUUCUUUCUUUCUUUCUUUCUUUCUUUCUUUCUUUCUUUUUGAAUCUUUCUUUCUUUUCUACCUUUCUUUCUUUCUUUCUUUCUUUCUUUCUUUUUCUUUCUGCCUUUUUCUUUCUUUUCUUUCUUUCUUUCUUUCUUUCUUUCUUUCUUUUACCUUUCUUUCUUUCUUUUCUUUCUUUUCUUUCUUUUUCUUUCUUUUUACACUUUCUUUUUCCUCCUGUCAUUUUCCUCCAGUUCUUUUUUCUUUCUUUCUCGUACUCUCCAUCUUGAAUCUUUUCUUUCUUUCUUUCUUUCUUUCUUUCUUUCUUUCUUUUCUUUUCUUUCUUUUAUGCCUUUUCUUUCUUUCUUUCUUUUUCUUUCUUUCUUUCUUUCUUUAUGCCUUUCUUUCUUUCUUUCUUUCUUUCUUUCUUUCUUUUUCUUUAUGCCUUUCUUUCUUUCUUUCUUUCUUUCUUUCUUUCUUUCUUUACGGCGUUUCCUCCUGUCAUUUUCCUCCAGUUCUUUUUUCUUUCUUUCUCUUUUUCUUUCUUUUUCUUUCCAAUUCUUUUUUCUUUCUUUUCUUUCUUUCUUUCUUUCUUUCUUUUUCUUUUCUAUCUUUCUUUCUUUCUUUCUUUCUUUCUUUCUUUCUUUCUUUCAUUUCUUUCUUUUCUGCUUUUUUCUUUUCUUUCUUUUUUCUUUAUCACCUUUCUUUUUUCUUUCUUUUCUUUCUUUUUUUCUUUCUUUCUCAUAUCCUUUCUUUUUCUUCCACUAUUUCUUUCUUUCUUUCUUUCUUUCUUUCGUUUUUCUCCUGUCAUUUUCCUCUUUUCUUUUUUCUUUCUUUAAUCGUACUCUCCAUCUUGAAUCUUCUUUUCUUUCUCUUUCUUUCUUUCUUUUCUUUCUUUAAUCUUUCUUUCUUUCUUUUCUUUCUUUUCUUUCUUUUUCUUUUCUUUCUUAAUGCCUUUCUUUCUUUCUUUUCUUUCUUUCUUUCUUUCUUUCUUUAUCGCCUUUCUUUCUUUCUUUCUUUCUUUCUUUUCUUUCUCUCUUUUUUUUCCUCCGUUUUCCUGUAUUUCCUCUUUCUUUCUUUUUCUUACUUUCUCUUUCCUCUCCAUCUCUCUUUUUUCUUUCCUUUCUUUCUUUUUCUUUCUUUCUUUCUUUUCUUUCUUUUUUUCUUUCUUUCUUCAUUUCUUUUUUUCU